AACGACACACUCACACAGACGCGGCUUACUGGAACAAACACAUGCAAGAAGAACUUCAAAGUCAGCUCGAUAAGACCCCUAUCGUGAAGCAGGCCAAGAACAUUAUCUUCUUCCUCGGGGACGGUACCUCCAUCUCCACCCUCACCGCCGCCCGCCUCGCCAAGGGUCACCUCACAGGCAACCACGAGCAUGAGGUUAUGGCCUAUGAGAAGUUCCCUUACUCCACCCUCAUCAAGACUUACAGCUCAGACAAGGUGGUGACCGACUCAGCCGCCAGUGCUACAGCUUACCUCAACGGUGUGAAGGCUAACCAGGCGACUAUUGGUGUAGACGCCAACGUGCUUCUCUACGACUGCGAUGCCAUGAAUGUUCCCAAGUACCAUACUAAGUCCAUCCUUACUGAUUUCCAGGAGGCUGGGAAGUCAACAGGCAUCGUGACGGUCACCAGGGUCACCCACGCCUCCCCCGCCGGAACCUUCGCCCACACCGCCGAAAGGCACUGGGAGAACGACGAUGAUGUUAACGACGAUGAUUACGACUCUGAGAAGUGUGACGACAUCGCUGAGCAGUUGGUGUUGGGUGACACUGGGUCCAAGAUCAAGGUAAUCCUGGGUGGCGGACGACAGAAGUUUACACCUAAGGGAGUAGUUGAUCCUGAAGGUGGUGACGGCGGUAAACGUGACGAUGGUAAGAAUCUUAUCGAGACUUGGCUCAACCAUAAACAGGAGCUGGGUAAUGCCACCUACACCUGGAACCGCGACCAGUUCCUCACUGUCGACACUGCCAACACCGACUACCUCCUGGGGCUGUUUGACUGGGGCCACAUGGGCUGGGCUAUAGACAAGGAGCCCAGCAACCCGACCCUGCAGGAGAUGGCUAAGGCCGCCAUUGAGAUACUCCAGCGAGAUGACAACGGCUACUUCCUCUUUGUUGAAGGAGGCAACAUCGACCUCGCCCACCACAAGAACGAGUACAGGUCAGCCAUAGAGGAGGCCCUGGAAUUUGAGAAGGCCAUCUCCUACGCCGCCUCCGUCACCGACCCGGAGGAGACCCUUAUUAUUGUUACCGCCGACCACUCCCAGCCCCUGGUGAUCAAUGGCUACCAGGAGAGAGGGGCUGAUGUGUUGGACCUGGGCGACUACUCCAACGUGGACGGGAUGCCCUUCACCGCCCUCCUGUAUACACAAGGGCCUGGUUACCGCGGGGAAGUGAACGGCGAGCGACCUGACCCAUCCCUCGAAGAUUAUACUAACCCACACUACGCCGGGGCAGCUGCCGUACCGCUGACCUCCUCAAACCACGCAGGCGAGGACGUCAUCCUGUACGCCAGGGGCCCACACUCCCACCUGUUUACUGGCAUCCACGAGAACGCCUUCAUCCCCCACGCCCUCAGGUAUGCAUCGUGUACUGGUCAUGGAUUACAGUUCUGUACACAACAGGAGCAACCAUAGAGUGGCAACCCACACCAGUGCCAAAAUAAUGUCAACACGAGCUAUGAUCAGUCCCUGGCGUUCUCCUACCUAGACGAACUUCUGCCCGGUUAUUGCCUACACUGGCAUUUGUCCUGUGGUUAAGACGCAAUAAGAGUUUAGACAGACGCAUAUACAUACAACACAUUGAGUUUUGUCAUUAUACGUCCAAUACCCACCAUUAUACGUCCAAUACCCACCAUUAUACGUCCAAUACCCACCAUUAUACGACUAAUACCCACCAUUAUACGUCCAAUACCCACCAUUAUACGACUAAUACCCACCAUUAUACGUCCAAUACCCACCAUUAUACGUCCAAUACCCACCAUUAUACGUCCAAUACCCACCAUUAUACGUCCAAUACCCACCAUUAUACGUCCAAUACCCACCAUUAUACGUCCAAUACCCACCAUUAUACGUCCAAUACCCACCAUUAUACGUCCAAUACCCACCAUUAUACGUCCAAUACCCACCAUUAUACGACUAAUACCCACCAUUAUACGUC